AUGGGAAAAAGGAAAUCCUCUCAUGCUAUUAUAACUCUGCAAGAGCGUCACGUUAACUGGAUGAUAACUUACCUCGAUCCAACUCCGCUUGCGUUUUUUCAAUAUAUAUUCCCAACACAUCGUGUUCGAGCAACAGAAAAAUAUCAGAAAACACUUGAUCUGGCUUUGAAUGAAACCAAUGAUCAAGAAGUGCUUAAUAAGCUAAGAAGAAUGAAAAGAGCAGAAGCAAGGAUUUUAUUUGACUGGGAAGCCUGGAUGCAACAAAAAACAGCGAUUCUAGUUCGCCGUUCUGUACGUAAUACGAAUAUUAAUAUUCACGAAGAAAUAAACACGUUUGCGCAAAAUAAGGUAAAGUUAUAUCCUUCAAAAAGCAAUAAAGGACUUGCAAUAAGUACGCUUAAAAAGAGUUGGAAAAAUUCUACAGGAACCAUCAGCAAAACGAGCCAGAAUUGA